UGGAGGAAAUCCCAUAUGUGGAGUCUUUAUAGCAACACCCAGUGGAACCGGACCCAAAAUGGAGGAUCUUGAGCCUGUAGCGAAAAACUGCUGGAACUGCUGUCCACCCAUGGCAAAGCUCCGCAUUCCUCCUUUUGAAGUUUAUAUAGGCUUAGAAGAGUGAACUCCCAAUCUGGCAACCCUGGCUGGCAAUUAAAGCGGAGAUCUCGUCGCCUGGCAGAUUGCGGAGGAAAGAGGAAGGCUGCUGAGGAUGAGUCUGCAUCACAUCACAUAUCAUAACAUAUCAUAACAGAGAUACCAGAGCCAUACAGCUAGAUCCCGGGUUAGUAUUAGGGUCAAAUUCUACUAGUAUCCGUUUUGUUUAUUUGCUCAGAUAAAGGAGUACCCUAAGCAGGCAGGAUGGGGAACCGGGGAAUGGAGGAUCUGAUCCCGCUGGUGAACCGGAUGCAGGACGCGUUUGCAGCCAUCGGACAGAAUGCGAACUUGGACCUGCCUCAGAUCGCAGUGGUGGGCGGCCAAAGCGCCGGGAAGAGCUCCGUGCUGGAGAACUUCGUCGGGAAGGACUUCCUUCCCCGCGGUUCUGGCAUCGUCACACGCCGCCCUCUGGUCCUGCAACUCAUCAACUCCCCCACAGAGUACGCAGAGUUUCUACACUGUAAGGGGAAGAAGUUUACGGACUUCGACGAAGUGCGGCAGGAGAUCGAGGCGGAGACGGAUCGUGUCACUGGGCAGAAUAAAGGCAUUUCUCCAGUCCCUAUCAACCUGCGUGUUUACUCCCCUAAUGUGCUGAACCUGACUCUGGUGGAUUUGCCUGGAAUGACCAAAGUGCCGGUUGGUGACCAGCCGGCGGACAUCGAGCACCAAAUCAAGGACAUGCUUAUGCAGUUUGUUACGAAGGAUAAUUGCCUGCUGCUGGCUGUAUCUCCAGCGAACUCUGACCUCGCCAACUCCGAUGCUCUGAAGGUUGCCAAAGAAGUGGAUCCACAAGGUCUGCGCACCAUCGGUGUGAUCACCAAACUGGAUCUGAUGGAUGAAGGAACAGAUGCUCGAGACAUUUUGGAAAACAAGCUGUUACCUCUGCGCCGAGGCUACAUCGGUGUGGUGAACCGCAGCCAGAAAGACAUCGAUGGGAAGAAGGACAUCACCGCUGCUAUGGCUGCUGAGAGGAAGUUCUUCCUGUCGCAUCCUGCAUACAGACACCUGGCAGACCGCAUGGGAACACCUUACCUGCAGAAAGCGCUCAACCAGCAACUGACCAAUCAUAUCCGAGACACGCUGCCCGGGCUGCGCAGUAAACUCCAGAGCCAGCUGCUGUCCAUCGAGAAAGAGGUGGAUGAGUACAAGAACUUCCGCCCGGACGACCCGUCUCGCAAGACCAAGGCCUUGUUGCAGAUGGUGCAGCAGUUCUCUGUGGAUUUUGAGAAGCGUAUCGAGGGCUCUGGUGACCAGAUCGAGACCUACGAGCUCUCAGGUGGAGCGAGGAUCAACCGCAUCUUCCAUGAACGGUUCCCUUUCGAACUGGUCAAGAUGGAGUUUGAUGAAAAGGAGCUGCGUAAGGAGAUCAGCUACGCCAUCAAGAACAUUCAUGGCAUCAGAACUGGGCUCUUCACCCCGGACAUGGCCUUUGAGACCAUUGUGAAAAGGCAGAUCGCGAAGAUUAAAGAGCCCUGCCAGAAAUGCGUGGACAUGGUCAUUUCUGAGCUAGUCAAUACCGUUAGGCAGUGUACCAAGAAGCUGGCUCAGUACCCCAUGCUGCGAGAGGAAAUGGAAAGGAUCGUCACUCAACACAUCCGUGAUCGUGAGAGUCGCACCAAGAAUCAGGUGAUGCUGCUCAUUGACAUCGAGCUGGCUUACAUGAACACCAACCAUGAAGAUUUCAUCGGAUUUGCCAAUGCGCAGCAGCGAAGCAGCCAAAUGAGCAAGAAGAAGGCGGCUGGAAACCAGGAUGAGAUCAUGGUCAUCAGGAAGGGCUGGCUGACAAUCAACAACAUCAGCAUCAUGAAAGGUGGCGCUAAAGAGUACUGGUUCGUUCUGACAGCCGAAUCUCUGUCCUGGUACAAGGACGACGAGGAGAAAGAGAAGAAGUACAUGCUGCAGGUGGACAACCUGAAGCUGAGAGACGUGGAGAAGAGUUUUAUGUCCAGCAAGCACAUCUUCGCCCUGUUCAACACUGAGCAGAGGAAUGUGUAUAAAGAUUAUCGUCAGCUGGAGUUGGCCUGUGAGAGUCAGGAGGAAGUGGAUGGCUGGAAGGCCUCGUUCCUCAGAGCUGGUGUUUAUCCAGAGCGUGUGGUGGAAAAAGACAAGAGCGAUGCGAGCGAGGAGAACGGCUCGGACGGCUUCAUGCACUCCAUGGACCCCCAGCUGGAGAGGCAGGUGGAAACCAUCCGCAACCUGGUAGACUCCUACAUGGGCAUCGUCAACAAGACCGUCCGCGAUCUCAUGCCUAAGACCAUCAUGCACCUUAUGAUCAACAACACGAAGGAGUUCAUUAAUGCCGAGUUGCUAGCUCAGCUUUAUUCCUGUGGCGAUCAGAACACUUUGAUGGAGGAGUCGGCCGAGCAGGCUCAGCAUCGGGACGAGAUGCUGCGUAUGUACCACGCGCUCAAAGAAGCCCUCAGCAUCAUCGGAGACAUCAGCACCAGCACAGUGUCUACAGCUCUGCCUCCACCUGUCGACGAUUCGUGGUUACAGGUGCAGCGUCUAGGCUCUGGGGGAAGGUCUCCAGCUACCAGUCCCACCCCUCAGAGACGAGCUCCUCCUCCAGGACCCCCAGGCCGCCCCGGUUCUCGUGGCUCCGCCCCAGGCCCUCCUGCCGCUGGUGGGCCUCCUUUGCCGUCUCGCCCUGGGGUGUCUCCGGACCCGUUUGGAGGCCCGCCCCCUCAGGUGCCCUCUCGGCCAAACCGGGCUCCUCCCAGCGUCCCCAGCCGGCCGAGCAGGGGCAGCCCUUCAAGCCCCGAGAGCCCUCUUCCUUCAUCUGACUCCUAACUACCCCAUCCUUCUUUUUCCACCUGCUCUUCUUAUCCUCUAAUCCUACUUCUUUUCCUCCUAUUUUCUUUUGUACUCUUCUUCUUUUCUUCUUUCUUAUCCUUUCAUCUGUCCCUCUUUACUUUCCCCAACGUUCCCUUUUCCUGCUUUUCUUUUUUCAUCAUCCUUCUUACCCGCUCUAUCUUUUUUUUUUACCGCUCCUUCUUUUUUCAGUUACACUAAUUGUCUCUUUUUUAUUUAAUUUUUACUUCUCAUCUUGGUUUCUCUUCUUUUUGGUUCUCUUUGAUUCUGUUCUUCCUUCCAAGCCUUUCUUUACCCCUUUAUUCUUUUUUAGCUUCUCAAUUUAUGUUGUCUUCUCCUUCCUUUUCUUUUUCUUCUUCUCUGUUCUUUCUCCUCUUCCCUGUCUCUUUCUCCUUCUUUACUUUGCCUUUUCUGGUACAUUAUUUCUCUCUCUCUCUCUCUCUCUCUCUCCAUCUUGUUUCCCUUUUAUUCUGCCUCUUCUCUCCUUUCCUUCUGACCCCCCCUUUCUUUUUUCCACCCUUCUUUUCCAUUUCUCUUUCUCUCGUCUUCACUUGUCCUCUACUUUCUCUUUCCCUUUCCUCUUCCUCUUCCUCUUAAACUUUGCCCAUGUUCACCGUCAAGCAAACCUAAACCCACCAGCACACUUCAGCUCACACACAUGCCACAGUGAGGAGAGGAGGAGAGGAGAGGAGAGGAGAGGGGGAAAAAAAUACAGAUGGAAACCACUUCAGGUGUAACUUCUCUUCCUCCUGCUUGGUUACACCCGCUUCAUUAACGGACAGAUGCUCUUCUACGUUCCACAGGAAGUGGAGGAGCAGCUAUACCACCAACGUGCUGUGAGAGAUGUGUAGUGUUUGUGUUGUGGUUGGAUUUUCUCUGGACUAACGUGACGGCCAUGAGCACCGUCUCCAUCUUUAAUCUCUGGUUUAACGCACAUGACUGCUGAAGGUUCCCUGAAACUUCUCACAUGUUCUCAUUUCGACUGAAACAUCCUAAACCCUGCAUGUGUGUGUGUGUGUGUGUGUGUGUGUGUAUGUGUUUACGUUCAUCACAAUUCACAAACAUUUCAUUUAUCCACGUAGCGAGUGCAGAAAAACUAGCGAGGCGGGAUCUAUAUAGAAAGUGCAAUAUGUCUACAGUUAUCAUUCAUGCCACAGAACACGCCGUAGACCUGAAAUUUGAGAAGGUAAACAUAUAUAUAUAUAUAUAUACGUGAAAUCUGUUUAAAAAUACGACAUCAUGACGUCAUGUGCUGCUCUGAAAAAAGGACUGCAUCAUUAUCAGCAUCUCCGCAGGUGCUUGAAGUCAAUGUUUAUGCAAACAUAUCAUCUGGACUGUGAUUUUAUGUCUUUGGUUUAUUGUCCAAAUCAGGUUUUAAAGGAACAACUGAGAAAAAGAAAAAACGUGUAUAAACAUACAAUAUCGCCCGAAUCUUUGGCGUCAGAAGUUUGCUUUCUUUUGUGUGUGUGAAAUAUGCAGACAAUUCUACACAAUACAGACAUUGUGUAUAUUAAUAUACACACGUAUUAUUAUUAUUAUUAUUAUUAUUAUGACACAAAGUUUGUUAAUCCAACCAUUUUUACUCCUCUACGCUCUCAGGCUGUUAAAAAACGUCCAAAAAAAUCGGAUUUUAAAGGCUUCACUACGGCUGCGGCAUGAAAUACGUAUGCUAUUUAGAUGAACACACUCAGUGGAAUAUAGCAUGAAUAUCACGUUUAGCUAGAAACAGAAAUAGAGCAAAUAAAUAAAUAAAAAAAAGGCCACAUCGAUGGAUCAUACUAGUGUAUUGUAGAGAUAUUUUUUACCAAAAUGCAUUUUAUGAAAGAAAUAAUAUAUCUAUAUUGUUUUCUUUUCUGAAAUCUGAUUGGCCAAGCCACAUUACGUAAUCAGUGAGCUAGGGUUCAAUGCAAUACUCUUAGUUUGUUUUGUAGCUUAGCAACUAAAGCUCACUAUAUGGCAAAAUAAAUGUUUAUUGUUUGUUAAUUAAUUAAUUAAUUAAUUAAUUAUUAUUGAGAAUAUUAUUCAUAAUCAGUUUUUUAUUUUAUUUUAUUUUAUUUUAUUUUAAAGCAGUAAAGUCACUCAUGUCCUGACUGAUUAACAGCACUGUUACUCCUGAUGAAGAACCGCAUGGCUUAUUGAUUUAUUAAGGGUUUUUUUUUGUUUUUUGCUUAUUGGGAACCAGUAAAAGGGUUCACAGCAUCCAGUACAACCCCUUUAGGAAGAAUGAGAAUGUGUUUGAGGCAAAAAAUACAUAAAAUAAAUAAAAAGAUAGCAGCUAACAAGUAAUGGAGGUAUGUCUCGGCAGCCAUCUUGAACGAGCGGGACACGUCAGUAUCUUUAGCAUCGCAGUUUGGCGUCGUUCUGCUCUCUAGGCUCCGCCUCCCAUAAUGUAAAGUUAAAGCAAAAGUUAAAGCUCCUCCAGUGCAUGAAAGUAAGGAAGCAAACUUUUGACACCAGACACGUUCUGUCAAAAGUGUUUGAUUUACGAUGAUCAUUCCUUUAACCAACACUGGCUAGAAAUAGCUGUUUCUAUGCAUAGAGAUCUGAUGCUGCCGUGAAGUUUUGUCAGCAUCAUCAUCAUCAUCAUCAAGUGAACGCCACCACAAUAUCGAAAUUACAACACAAGUUCCCUUCAUUCAUCGUUUGUUCUUAAGAAAGCGGUCUCAACCCUUCAUCCGUGUGUGUGUGUGUGUGUGUGUGUUCUGACCUGUCGUGCAUGUCAACACAACCUUCAGUGUACACCACGCACCCUGCCAAGGCAAUAUUAUAUCCGGCACUUUUUCACCUUUUUCCACACACGUAAUCUCAGAGGAUUUAGUAAUCCCAAAUACGAUGAAGGAUUAUUAUUAUUAUUAUUAUUAUUAUUAAAGAGUAAAUCUGUUUAUCAUGGCCAUAUCUUUACGUGUGUUGUGUAUCUAUGUGGUGCAUUAACGGAAACUGUGCUUCCACUGCUUUAGAGACUAGUUUAGACCUGUAUGAUUACUAGAUAUUAAAUUAUUGUAUUAAAUUAUGUGUGACUCGAGUAACUUAUGAAUAAAGGAAUAAUAUAAAGGACGAAAGGGGGAAAAUAAUGCAUUGUUGAGCGUGAAAUGGAAGACGAAAGUGUGACGUAGAGACAUGAAGUCUUCUUGCUGCGAGGAAGAAGCCAAUGUGUGAUGUUCUGGUACAUGCUGGUGUGUAAUGAAUAAUAAUAACAAAUGAGGACUGUUCAUGUUCAAAACAAUAAAAUUCAGUGUACACAGUU